AUGGCCUACUCCUCGCGCCAUCAUGCCGUCCAAUACUGGAACGAGAUUGCGGCCUGGCCGUAUGGGGCCACGCCGGUCUGUGCCACCGUCAUCGUCGUCCUGGUAACUGCUACCCUUAUCCGCAGAUGCUCCAGGCAGGCGUCGGAGGCGCCCAAGAGCUUGACACUGCGCAUCGACGGUAUCCCAACCGAUCAUGCCGAUGAGUUGUUCACCAACCUGAGGUCUAUCGCCGAGAGGAGUCCGGUCCUGCGGGCUGCCGCUGCUACCAUGGUCCUUCGCUCUUUGGCACAACAUGGCAAGGACUCUGUAUGUGCCACCAUCUCGACCACCACGUCACUCUCCGGAGACGACCUGUCCGCCCAGCUGCGCCGAGCUGGGAACAGCCACCCGUACAGGUACACCUGCAAAUUCGAGGGAAUCACGCCGCUCUACGAGGACAAGAACGGUGCAGAUGUCGACAUCAUCGCAGUACCCGGCCUCGGAAGCCACGCACUUGGCUCCUGGAAAUCCCCGAACAGCGACGACGUCUGGCUACGCGACUUCCUUCCUAAAGACGUGUCCAACAUCCGAGUGCUGAUCUACGGCUAUGAUACCAAGCUGCCGGGCAGCCUCUCGAAGCAGUCCAUCAGAGACUUGGGCCGCACCCUCUUGGAACAAAUCAAUGCCUUUCGAGGGAAUGAUGGUACUGCUCGCCGUCCGAUCAUCUUCAUCGGUCAUAGCCUCGGCGGCCUGCUGAUUAAAGAGGCGCUUAUUCGCGCCCGCAGGCCAAGUAACGACGUGAACUCCGACCUGUCCAAAGCCUGUUAUGGACUGCUUUUCUUCGGCGUGCCGAAUCUCGGGCUGCGAAACGAUCAGCUGAGAACGCUUGUCCAGGGCCAACCAAACCAGGCCUUGAUUGACGACCUCCUCGUGGAUAACGACUCGGAACCCUCGACCUUCCUGAAGACACUUGCUGAACAGUUUUCUGAGAGCUGCAAGGGCUCCUACCGAGUCGUGACGUGCUUCGAGCGCGCGCUCAGUCCAACCUUGAAGCUUGAUGACAGGGACGGGAGAUGGCGCAAGACUGGCGACCCCUCUUUAUUGGUGACCGAAAAAUCAGCAACCAGUACGGGCUUAGUGGCCGUGGCCGACGAGGACAACAUCCCCUUCAACACGGAUCAUUCAGGGCUCGUCAAGUAUUCCAGGGGCCAGUCCGACUACACCGUCGUCAGAGAACGACUAAGAAGACUCGUCAAUGAAGCGAAACGGGAGGUUACCAAGCGAUUUGCCGAGCACAGCCUCUACCAGCUCCAGUCAGAGACAACGCUAGCUUGCCUGAGAUCACUGGCCUUUGAUGAUAUGGAUGGCCGGCCCAACGAAAUCGCCAACGAGGCCGAUGGCACCUGCGAGUGGCUUCUCAAGCACGAAACUUUGGUCCAAUGGACCCGUCAGCAUCGAGGCCUGCUCUGGAUUAAAGGGAAACCAGGAUCUGGCAAGUCAACGCUGAUUAAAUAUGCCCUGCGUACACUUCCUUCCCUUUACGGAACCGACACGCUUGCAUUUUCCUUCUUUUGCGAUGGCCGCGGCCAUGAACUGCAGAAAACUCCCCUUGGUCUCUUCCGAUCCAUCUUGCACCAGCUACUCAAGCGUGUCCCUGGCGCCCUACCCAACCUGAUUGACCAUUUUGACGGAAAACGGAAAACAGAGGGCGAGCCUGGAGAGAAGUGGCAGUGGCAUAUUCAACCAUUGCAGGAUUUCCUCAAGUCGUCACUUCCAAGAAUUCUGAAGAGAUUUCCAGUCAUACUCUUCAUCGAUGCGCUCGAUGAAUGCGGCGAACAGCCAGCUCGCGAACUGAUUGGGCAACUCAAAGAUCUACUCUCAAGCCUCCCGUCUACCGACUCUCGAUUCGGUAUCUGCUUCUCUUGUCGUCACUACCCCAUUCUGGAGCUCGACGGCGGAUUGACGAUACUGCUUGAUACCGAAAACACACAGGACAUCGUUAUAUUCGUUCAAGCCGACUGCUCUAGAAAUCAUCUAGGUGCCGACGUUGAAAGACUAAUUAUCAACCGCGCCCAGGGUGUUUUCAUGUGGGCACACUUGGUCCUGAAACAAGUACUACAGCUGCACCUCCACGGAGAAUCGACAGCCGAGAUCGAGGCCGAAAUUGAGCGGAUACCGCAAGACUUGAACGGCAUUUACAAUGAGCUGAUCAAGGCCGUGAAGCAUCGCUCAACUACCUUGCAGCUUAUGCAAUGGAUCUGUUGCUCCACGCGGCCGUUGACAACGGGCGAGCUGCAAUGGGCCAUGGCAGUUGAUCCCGACUGCACUCACAACUCACUCGACGAAUGCCAAAACAACGACAAGAUCGACAGAAGAAUCAACACCCUCAGCUGCGGUCUUGCAGAGAUCGUCCCGUCCGACAACGCCCGCGUCGUUCAGUUCAUCCAUCAGCCAGUCAAGGACUUUUUUGUCGAGGGUGGAUUGAUGGCUCUGGACAAUACCAUCAGAGCAGCAAAUUUGGUGGUCCUUACGGCCCACUGCCGCCUAUCCCGGUCCUGCGUCCGCUACUUUAGAAUGGCCGUAUCUUCUCAUCCGGGACGCUUCAGUAGCGGGGACGAGUCUAGGUUCCCCUUGCUGCAUUAUGCAAUAACAUCAUGGGUGUCUCACGUGAAGUUGGGCGAGCCAGCCGAAAUAUCUCCAAACGAUGUUCUGGAUAUGCUUGGAUGGCCGAUGGAGCCCCUAGUUGCAUCAUCGGUACAGAUAUACGAGGCAUUGGAGCUAUACGCAGGUGAUUGCCCGUCAAGCGGGAGUAGCGUUGUACACAUCGUAGCGAGACACGGCUUGACCAAGCUGCUAUCAUGUCUGCUCCUCGACACGGGCAAGGUCGAUGUCGACUCGAAAGACGAGAAUGGCCUGACACCUCUAUCGGGGGCCGCCGCGGGCGGACACGAGGUCGUGGUCAAGAUUCUCCUCGAUACGGGCAAGGUCAAUGUC